AUGCGCUCUGCAGCCACAGCAGCGGGCUGUGUAGCUGCUGCUUCUGCUGCUGCACAAGUUGCCUCUCGCAGUGGCAACAGAUUUGCUCUCUGCCCUCUGACUACUGCAGCAGCGCAGGCUGAGCAACAGCAGCAGCUAGCGACUGCAGGACCUGCACUCAGCAGCGAAGCUGAAGACGAUUUAACCCAACCCGCGAAUUCCAGGCUCCAGAAAUCGCAGCAACAACAACAGCCGCAGGAGCAAGAGCAACAACAACAGCGGCAGGAGCAAGAGCAACAACAACAGCGGCAGGAGCAAGAACAGCAGCAAGACUAUAUUGGUGACGCUGAGGACGAGGUAUUGACUCCAGAGCAGCGCGAAGAAAAGGAACGCCUCAUUCAUAUUCUCGCAAAGAAGCUCGCUGGGCCCCUUGCUGAUGAACAUGGCAACGUUCCCACUGGCUCUGCACGGCCCAUUGCCAUCGAAGUGGAUGGGCCCUCGCACUUUUAUAGCAGCAGCUGUAAAUACACUGCCUACACGAAAUUGAAACACCGCCUACUCACGCGGAUGGGAUAUAAAGUUCUCCAUGUGCCUUACUUUGAAUGGAGGAAACUCAGAGGGCAAAGGGAAAGGGAGGAGUAUAUGCGGAAGAAACUGAUGGAGGAGCCAUCCGAAUGGCUUGACCCCGAAGACGAGGCCUUUUACAACCAAAGGAUGGGGCUGCUGAAACAGCAGUAUCAACAGGAGCUGCACAGGCAUCAGCCACAGCAACAACAGCCACAACAGUGGCAACAGCAGCUACAACCGCAACAGUGGCAGCAGCAGCCGCAGCCACAGCGACAGUGGCAGCAGCAGCAGCAGCCACAGCAACAGUGGCAGCAGCAACAAUGGCAACAGCGACAACAGCCACAGCAACAGUGGCAACAGCAACAACAGCCACAGUGGCAACAGCAACAACAGCCACAGCAACAGUGGCAGCAGCAACAGCAGCCACAGCAACAGUGGCAACAGCAACAACAGCCACAGCAACAGUGGCAACAGCAACUGCAGCCACAGCAACAGUGGCAACAGCAACAACAGCCACAGCAACAGUGGCAAGCUCCCCCAACGACCUUCCCAGCAGCAGCCACUGCAGGAGCAGUCGCAGCUGAGUGUAGAGACUGCACAGCAGAAGAAGAUUUUAGCUGCAGAACCGCAGGAGCAGCACCGUGCGACGAGCGAGGCGGUUUUGGAGGGGCCUCCAGCUCGAAACGGAGCAGCCAUGCGUGUGUGGCCGCUGCUGGAGCAGAAGGGGCAGGGCGAGCCGUUGCGGGGUGUAUGGCCGGUUGUGUUGGCACAUUAUAA